ACAAGAGUUUACAUUUCCCGGUAUUUUACCGUAGUAUUUUUAAUGUGCAAAAUUACAUUUGUAAAUUAGCAAAAAUGUAAAAUAUGGUAUUUUUACAUACUUGUCUAGUAGAAAUCAGUGAGCAAGUCCUUACAUUAUCUUAACUCUAUGUGUCGUAGGUGAUGUUUUGUCUUUCAUUUAUCUAUGAAAUUAUGACUGUACAAUCCAGUUAUUGACAAAAUAUCAUAUAAGGAUUUUCGCAGUUUGAUUGUCUAUAGAUCAAAGAUUAUAUACUAUAGAUUUUAUUUUCUAUGAUAAUAAAACAUUUGUCAUUAAGUACACUAGAAUUAUUGUUAAAUAAAGUAAGUAAAUAUACAUGGAUUUUGAUAGUCCAGAUGUCAUGAAAGAUUUUCCAGGACUGUAUGCUUCAGAUCUCAAUAAAAAAUGUAGUAAUGAAAGUGACUAUAGUGAUGAAGUAGAGAAAGUAGUGAAAAAAGAAACAUUAAUUGGUAAACGUAAAGACAAGAAAGAUAAGGAAAGAGGUUAUGCAGCUCUGGGAGAAAGUUCUGAUGAAGGAUCAAGGAGUCCAUCAAAAUCUAAAAAGAGUAAGUCAUUCAAGUUUUCAUCAAAAUCCAAAGAAAAAAGAGAAAAAUCUAGAGACAAAGAAAAUCCUGAUAGGAAAGACAGAGAGAAGAAGGUAGAUAAAAAACUUGAAAAAGAAAAAUCCAAGAAAAAUAAAAACUCUGUUGAGGACACAAUUGCUUUUGCAGAAGCACUACCAAUUUUUGGGGUCAGCUUAGACAUUUCAGUUGAAAGAAGUAGAUGUCAUGAUGGUGUAGAUUUACCAUUACCUAUCAGAGAAUGUAUUGAUUAUGUGGAAUCAGUUGGUAUAUCAUUUGAAGGAGUUUACAAAAUUAGUGGUACCAAAACUAAAGUCUCUCAAAUCAAAAAAAUGUAUAACCUUAGGGAGAAUGUGAAAUUAAGCGAUUAUGAUGUACCUACAGCUACCAGUCUUUUAAAAAUGUUUUUAAGAGAUCUUCCAGAACCUAUAUUCACCAAUGAUUUGUUGGUACGCUUUGAAGAAGCUGGUGCUAUAUUAAAUUUCAAUACCAGAGAGAAACAUUUGAAAAUAUUAGUAGAAAACUUACCGCCAUUAAAUAAAUUAUUGUUGUCAUGGCUCAUUGUUCAUUUACAUAAUGUAUCAAUAAAUGAAAAACAAAAUAAAAUGAGUAAACAUAAUAUCGCCUCUGCCCUAAAUCAUACAUUUCAUGUAUCAUCAAGACUUCUUCAGGCUUUGCUUCAGCAUAGUUCUGCAUUAUUUCCAAACAUUGUAAUUUACAAAUACAUACCACCUGUAAAAUCAUCUGUACAGUUACCAGAUCGACCUCAACAACUAGAAAUGGAGUUGAAAAAACAAGAAUCUUUGUUGUCACAAAUACAUAAUGAAAUGAAUGUUGGAUGUAUAUCCAAAGAAAGGGAAGAAAAGCUUUGGGAAGUGCAAAGAAUUAUUACACAAUUAAAAAGAAAAAUGAAAACAGUACAGAAGAUAAAAAACAGUUCACAAAAAUGUGACGAGGAUAUUAACAAUGAACAUAAAGUUGCAGACAGUAAGUCUUGUAAGGAUCCUGAUAUAAAAUCUGCGUUGAGUGAUACUAUUGAAUAUGUUUCCCAUUCAGAUACUUUAUCAGUUAAAUCACAACUUACUUUGUCUGCGGUGAAAAAUGAAGCAAGUUGUGAGACUACAAUUGAGACAAAAGACCAAGAGAAAAACGUUACUGAACACGAGGAAUUUAUUAUUAAAAAAAAUGAUUAUUUGUUCGAUGAUGAUAUAAUACUGUUAACUUAUAAAAGAAAUGGACUAAUUCAGUUGAAAGAACAGUUAACCAAAGAUAUCCACAAAGAGAAAAUUGAAAUUGAUGUUUUGAAAGGCAAAAUUGAUACUAGUACUAACCAAACAAUUUCUUCAAAAAUAGUUAUUCCAAAACAAGAAAGUUUAGACCAAAUUAUGACAUUAUUGCAAAACGAAAACAAAAUUUUACAAAUAAAAAAAAUUAAUCUUGUUAGAAAAAUUAUUGAACAAAAAGAAUUGUGCAUAGAGUUUAGUGCACAACUACGAUUGACGGAAAAUGAAAAGUAUUCGAAUUUUUAAUGUUACUGAAUGUCGACAAAAAAUAUAUAUUUUAAUUAGAUAUUAAAUUUUUAUUGAGAUAAUAAGUUUCAUCAUUUAACAAUCAAUUAUAUUGUUCAUUUAGUAUUUUAAUAAAAAUUUCUAUUAUAUUUUUAAUAGAAUUUAGGGGAAAAUGGAUACAAAUGUUUGCUUAUAAAAUCUAAAUAAAAUUAUCCUAAAACUUAGAACUAGGUAUUUGAAAGUACAAUUCUCUUGAUUUUAGGAAAAGCUGUGCGUUUUAAUUACCCUUUAAUUUUAAAUUAAGUAUACUUAUAUGAAAAUAAAAAUAAGUUGAAAAAUGUAUCAAAAUCAAAUCUAAAAAUUGAAAUUCAUAGUUGAUAACUAUUAUUAUCAUGUUUGAUUGAUGAUUUUAAUAUUUUGUUCAAUUCGACAAGUUCCACAUUUUUGUUCCUCUUUUAGUAAAUAUACAGUAUACAUCCGACAUGUUCAAUGUUCCAUUCUUUUACUUACUGCCCAGAUUAAUUUUGCAGUAGUAAAAGGGUGAUACUGUAAUUCUACAGUAUUCUACAUGUUGCAAAUAUUUGUAGUGAGUAUAUAUUUUUGUCCAAACAAUCUUUAAACUGUCCAGAUCAAAAUAUAUGUUUUUUCUAAUCGCCAGCUGUAAUACGGGUUAUUCGUGCAGACUCCAGUUCCAAAAAUUCAACAAACAAUGAAACCAUUUUUCAAACACAUCCGUAUCACUUUCUUAGUGGCAUUUGCCAGUUCUUCUCGAAUUAAAUAUCAAUUCAAUGUUUGGUAAGAAGUCACUAUUACUCCUUGUGCACCAUAACAAAACUAUCUUUUCCAGACUGCUGUCUGUAAUAAAUUUUUGUGUUAAUUUAUAUAUCCAUUAAUUUGACUUAUAUAUGCUCUCCAUAUACAUGUUGGGGAGUUGAAUAUAAAUACUUUUCAAUUUUUUUAUAAUAAACAAUGUGAUAAUGAUGAAGUAUAUCAAAGAAGCCGGUUCUUAAAUUAGAAUAAUUCAACAUAAAUUGUCUGUAAAAGUAUGAAGAUUCAUUUAACUCAAAUAUCAACAACCUAUCAAUAAGCUAGAAAAACGUAAAAGCUACAUUUCCUACAGCGUUGUCACAAACCUUACAUUAAAUGCUAAGAUUUAGUGUGAUUUGCCUUGACUUCCCCUUACGUGAAAUUGACGCUAAUAAUAUUUUAAACUAAUUUUUUUUAUAUUCGGCAAAGUAAUAAACCGUUCAGGUAUACAAUGGUUAAUUUAUUUGAAAUAAAUAAAAUUCAAAGUAAAAACAGAUAAAAACAAAACUUUUUCAAAAUUUUUACUCAAUCCAUGGAGACUAAUGUACUUUUUUGAUUGAAAUAAUUGGACACAUAUCAUAUGGGAUUCUGUGCUGGAAGACAGUCACGGGAAAUGUCUACGUUUUUUCGUCUAUAUAUUCCAAACUUUCAUCCACAACAGAGAGCAUCUAUUUAGCAAGAGGCUAGGCUUGACUACACGCAUUGGUUGAAUCCUGAUCACAGUUUCUCGUCGAACCGCAUGAAAAGCUGAUCUGUGCUUCUGCAGCUUUACACACAAAGCGAAAUAAAUGCCACAUGUCAUCCAAUAUCUAUUUACUAUAUAAUAUCUAUUUUAAUUUUAUUAUUUGAUUUUAUUUUAGCUGGCAAAAUGAAUUUUUGAAAUAAUUGUUUUUUAAUAUCUAAUAUUUUUUUAUCUUUUGAAGUUGACGUGAGAUUUUUAUUAAUAUAAUAUUUAGAUUGUAAUUAUAAAAUGGGUAAAGGAAGAAGCCCAUGUGUCAAUUAUCUUGAUCAAUAUUUGAGUACUUUCUUAAAUGUAAUGUGUAAGCCUAUUACACAUAUUCUUCGAUAAAUUUUUCUUUUUGCUCAAUAGUCUUGAAAUCAAAUUUUAGAACACAAAUAAUUUUUUAUGACGUAAUAUAAAACUAACGGAAGUUGACAAUCGAAAUAAUUGAUGUAUAAAAUUGAUAUUCUUACGUUUAAAAUAAUUAUCCUGUAUCAAGGAAAUUUUGUUUUAAUAUUUUCAUAAAUUUUCUAUAUAUCUUGAAAAUAGAAAAAACGGAAGCUCCAUUAUUAGAAGUAGUUUCCACGAAUUGGGUAUUGAACAUACUCUACACUAUCAUUACACCAACACUCACAAAUAUACUGGCUGACGAGUGUUUUGAUAACCAAGUUAUCGUCUUCAGAAAUUGAACGAAACGUGCGUCAGACAGUGUAAUUUGAUGUAGUGGUAGUGUAAAUAGUGUGUUCAGUAUGAAUAUCACAAACGGUUAAAAAAUUCCAAUUAGAGAAUUGGAUGGGAAAUGGUCCUUCACCUCAUAUUUGUGACUCGAGUUUUUACAUAAUUUCUUCCAAAAUAAAAGUACUUUCUACUCUAAAUCAAGUUGUUCAAAGCCUUUACACCGAUUUUAGAAUAUUUUGUCUAGUUUUUUAACACUGAACACACUACCACUAACGAAUACGCUGACCGUGUAGCGAUAACCAAUAUAUCGCCUCCAGAGACUAAACAUAAACUAAAACCUAUUAACUUGACUUACCCGUUUUAUGCUGAACUUUCCCAACAAUAAACCCUAUACUUUCCUUCACAAUUUCAUAUAUACCACUAUUCCAAAUUUGGUUUUUUAUUCAUAGGAUUCCCAACAAUAGUUUUAAUUUAUAAUUGGACUUAUAAACCAAUUUAAAACCCAUUCUGUUAAAGUUUCUUUCCAAUCCCUUUGUAUAAACAACAAAUUUUUUACGUUUGAAUACAGCUACAUCUUCAAUAAAAGUCCUUUUCUUAUUGUAUCACUCGAUAUUGAGUGUAAAGUGUAAAUUAUACGAUGUACCAAGAAAUGGAGAUUUCUUAUGUUGAAUACUAUGGAUAGAAUCAGCCGGAAUGUACCUGCACGUAGCGGUGUUUUGCCUAAAUACAUAAAAUUCUAGCCGAUUACUACUCUCAAUUACCAAAUUAUUUAAAAAUGGCAACUGUCUAUUAUUUUCCAUUUCAUAAGUGACGUUUCACAUUGAAUUCUUGUACAUUUGCCUUUUUCGUAAUGAAUACAGCGAAAAUAUCCACAUACCUGUACCAUACUUUGGAAAAAUAUUGAAAUUUUUGACUAAGUUGCUUUUCAAAGUGAUUCAUAAAUGUGUCAGCCAUAAACGGCGCCAACUGCUCAUAGCUGUUCCUUCGCCUUGUUUGUAGAAUUCGUUGUUGUACUAGCUCAUUUAUUAUGUCAGCUAUCAAAUUAUUCGAUCUCAGGAAGUCUAAAAGGUCUACGGAAUCGGCCCGCUGGGAAAUAAUGAAUUUACAUCAAAAGAGAUUAAAAUUUCCCGAUAUUCAGUUUUUCUACUUUUCACUUUGUUGAUAAAUUCUAACGAAUUCUUAACUGAAAAACUCUCCGGUUUGAUGGGUAGGGUUUCAAACUUCGACGAUGAUGGGUAACUUACGGAUAACUUGUACCUGAGUGUACCGGUGACAAGGUUUUUACAAAUUCAUCACAAGUGUUUCUUUCACACUUGUGAACCUUUUUUUCAGCGGAUUCUUUGAGAUUUUGGUGUAUGGUCUUGUUUCGAUUAAGCUUCCACUCUCUCCAAAUUGUCCUUUUUGUCCAUUUUAACAGCAUUGUUUCCUUUAUCUGCUUUCAAGUAAACACAAUAUUUCCUCCUCAAACUCCUGACAGAAGUUUUUCUGAGAGUUUAUACGUAACGUAUUCCUGUCGGGUUUAACCUUUAAAAUACAUUCAAGAAUGUCACGCAAAAGAAGUUUCCAAAAUGUUUAGUGAGUAAUUGGUUUUAAUGACGACUUUUUCUGUUUUCUAUUGUAUAUAAUGAAUAAUAUUUGAAUAAUAUAAUAAAAAUUCCUUGUUUAAUUUGUUUCUUUAAACCAUAGUUUUUCUUUUAAAAUAGCGUAAUGUAUCAUUCACAAAAAUUUGAUAUCUUAAAAAUUCGAGCUGAUAGGAAAAAACUAAUAGCAUAUUUGAAUUCAGGGCAUCAAAUUCAUAAAAAAUCACCUCCAAAAUCUUCGGCACCGAAACCACUGUGGACCUGUGUUAUUGUUUAAGGUUUGUUCAAAUAAUGAAGGUUAUAAUAUUCGUUACUGCUCAUUUAUAUUUUUGAAAAUUUCUGCGUUGGUCCCUGUUUUGAAUAUUUCGUCGCGAAAAGGAGAUGUGGUGUGUUAGCUAUGGAAUUAAAUGUUUUAAUAAUAAUUUACAAUGAACUCGGUAACUAUACUAGUCUUACACGAAUUGCAUAAUCUUUAUUGCCCGUAAACAGUGUGUUAAGUACCCAAUUCGUGGUAAAAACUUCUACUAAUGGAACUUUCGUUUUUUCUAUUUUCAAGAAAUGUAGAAAAUUUAUGAAGAUAUUAGAAGAAAAAUUUCCUUGAUUUCCUUUUGAUACAACUUUUGAACUUCAUUUAAUGUCAUCCUAUAUCACAAAAAAGAUCAGUGAUAAUAAGUUUGGCUGAUAGAUCUAUCCAACUAUCAGAUCCUGAAUUUAGAUGCUUAGCUAUUCUAAAAGCAAAAACUGCAUUGAAAAAAAAUAGUUAUCCGGAUAAAAUGAUAGGUUAGGUUAGGCCUAGGAGUUAUUUCAAUAAAUAUGAUAUAAGUAUAAGACAUAAAAUUCAAAAAUUAUUUAAAAAAAACUAAGACUUAAAUCAAGAACAUUCAAAAGAAUAAACAUAAAUAAAUAAGCAAUUUGAUAUAGACGUAAAACUAAUUACAUUAUUUUCUGUUCAAUAAUUCAAAAUUGAAUUUCAAUGUUUUUCAAUCUAUGAUUAUUCUCCGGUUUAUUCGUUUAAUUGCUGGUUGGUUAUCUUCAUAGAUCAUGACUGAAGGUUUCAAAUCAAAUAGAUAAAAAUCGUUUAAAUUUUUUUUAUACAGGUUUGCCUCAGAAACUGUCGAACUUAGGGCAAUAUACUCUGAUUCUGACAUUGAAUGAAUAACUAGCAACUUGGUUAUCCUGUCGUUGACUUUCAAUUUAUUAAAAAAAAAUUAUAAAUUAUUUUAAUUAUUUUUUUCUCCAACUAUUGCUUUAGAAAAAAUUUAAGAAUAAAAAAAGGAUUUUCAGUUGUAAUUUCAUUUCUUAAGACUUCUUCUUGAAAAAAAGCUUUGAUAUUAAAUAAAGUAAGGUUACUAAUCUUACUUUCGUAUAAUGUAACAGGAAUAUUGAAAAAAUACCACUAGUAAGUCCUUUUUACAAUAGGACUACUUAUGUGAAAACUGUAAUUCAACUUAUCUACUCCUAUAGUUAGGCCAAUUCACCCCCACCAACUGAAUAUAUGAAUUAUUUCGGAAUUAGUGUGAAUGUACAGAUAUUUUACAAUUAUGUUGUAAUCCAUAAGACUUCCUAUAAACGCGGACAUCAUUUGCUCGAUUUUUUAUAUGAAUAUUUCAACUAAGUGAAUGUUUUUAUUCUUAGAAAUACCUCUAUCAUACAAAUAUGUCCCUUAGUUUCACUUUUUGCGGUAAUUUAUUAUAACAAAGCUACAACCUUAAUCCUCCCCCUAUUUAUUUGGAUGAUGGUACAGACUAUGAAAUAGGUCUCACCAAUUUCAGUACAUUUUAUUCUUGACCAAAUAUCGAUGGAAACGAACAAUUUUUUUGAGUGGGGGGACUAGGAAAAUAAUAAUAUACCACUUGGCGCAUAUGAAUUGGAAGAUAUAGCUACAGUCUUGAAAUAGCACAUGAAAAUCAUAAAAAAAGAUGCAUAUAUUAACAUAACGCCGGAUAUAAAUACUUCAAAGGUGUCUGUGCAGAGCAAUUACUUCAUAUCAUUUGAAUCGGACAACACAAUAGGUUCCUUGCUUGGUUUCCCGAAAGAUACUCUUCAAGCCUCAUAGCAGCUGAAACUCAACGGAGAACCUGUGCGCGGAAACGUCAUCAUUACAUAUUUUUUUUUAGGUUGAAAAAUAUAAGAAUUAAAUAGUGUGUUCCUAACCCAACCUAACGUUACGAGAAACUUCUUUUAAAAAGGAAUUCAGCAAUGUACUGCCGAUAGUGCUGCUUUCUCUGUUUCUGAUUUAGGUUACUUUUGAAUAAUUUGGCAAAAACAUUUUCUGAACCACAAAAAAAUUAUAAAAACAGCUAUAUAUGAAAAACUGCAAAAAAAUUAUUUCAUAUAUUUUCUAAUGCCAUACGAAACGGUAAUUGUAGCAUUUGACUUAUCAAAAAAAUUGAUAUAUCUCUUUAACCAUUAGAGAUAAGAUAAACGACAUUUAAGUCUUAUGUGCUGUGACCAAAAAAAAAAUUAUUUUUCAAAUAGAUAAAUAAAAUAGUAUAAAAAAAAGUGAAUAAUGAAAAUAGGGUUCUGGGAGUUAGUACGUUUUUAUCGGAAAUUUCUCCUUCUUUAAAAAGCUUUUUUCAAAAUUGCUUAAUGAAUAUUUUUCAAGUUAUUAACGAGAAACUAAAUACCAUUUUUUAUCUUAUUUUUUUAAUAACAAUUAAAAUUUUUUACCUAUACCAAAAUCAUAUUAGAACCUUAAUUUCCAUUUUUAUCGUUUUUGAACUUAUUGGAUAGACUAUUUGAUCAAUUGGGAAAUCUCAUCAAUUUUCAAGGUGAAGAAAUUGUUGUCUUAAAAUUUGAUUAAGCACAUUCCACUAAGCCCUCCAUUUCUGGUUGGAGCAUUAGUUUGAUAAGAGCAAAGAGACUCCUCACAACCAGAAAUAAAUAAUAUUUGAAAUCUAUUGGAUACAAAGUACUAAUAUAAUUGAAAUCCCACAUGUUACUGGCGAAUCCAUCAAUGACACCAUUAUGGUGCAAUUUCAAUUUAACACAUAUUAGCCCUUCAUACCUGGUAAACUGAACUACAAUAAUGGAUGAGAUUCGAAUCCCCUUAUAGGAUCUGGAUGUUUAUACACGACUCUUAGAAGUUUUUUAUAUAUUGAAGGAAAACUGCAAACUUCUACCGGCAAUAUACCAACUAAAUUAGAUUUUAUUAACAACGCUAUUGCAUUCUUAUUUCGUGAGCUUAGAUAUGAUCUGAACGGUGUCAUAAUAGAUUCUGUACGUAAUGUAGGUCUUGUUUCGACAAUAAAAAAUUACCCGUCUCUGAAUGAAAAUGACAGUAUUCUCAUACAAAACGCAGGAUGGUUCCCAAAAAUGAAGAGUGAAAAGGUGUUGGUUGACGCAAAUGCAAAUUUCGAUGUUUGUAUAACAUUACGAUUUUAUCAAUUUUUUUUUGUAGAUUUAAAAAAUGAAUAAUGAACAGGUUCUGAUAUUAAUUCGUGAUAGUGAUGCAGUAUCAAAUGUAUUGUUUUUGUUUGAUGCUUGUGUAAUUAAAUAUUUUUC